AGGAGCAACACUGGCAUCUACGGGCAGGAAAAGGAACCGCAUAUUAUAUUAAUACAGAGUGACAUCAUUGUGUCGUCAUUUUGUCACGUGUCUGAGUUGAAAGGUCGUGGGUAAUAUGGCAGCUUCAUUGAUUUGUAACAACACGCAAAGCAGGGUGAGCUCAGUGCUGAACAGAGAUGUCAAACAAUUUGGUAAAAAGUUUAUGUUUGAUGCCAAUGAGGAGACAUGCUGGAACUCCGACCAGCCGGUGAAAGCGACCGAUUUGAGGCUACAAUUUCAAGGAGGAUUUUCAGGGAAAUCCUGCAAACUAGAAGGUAGUGCCAAAGAAAAUGACCUCAAACAUAUUUUAGACUUUUAUCCAGAGGACGACAACAGUCUACAGAGUUUUCCCAUUCCGGAUAGUCCUUUGGUGCAGAGACUUAAAAUAGUGUUUGAAAACAGUACUGACUUUUUUGGAAGAAUAAUUGUUUACACUUUGGACAUCCUGGGGGAAAAAGUUUUGUAAUGUUCUGAGAAAAAGAGC